UCCUAGUGCUUAAUAUGUUUCAUAUGUCUAAGAAGUAAAAGAUUAAUGAUCACUGAUUCAAUAAAUCUGGUACAGAUACAUUUAUGCAAUUUAUGUUUGGUGUAGAUACAUUUAUGCAUUUUCUGUUUCUUGUUUUUAAUCCACUUUUUUCAUUUAAUCUAACACCGGAACUGCGGCAGAAAUUAACGCACAGGCGAUUGAUGGGUGAGACAAUAGGGUCAAUGUCCCCCAAAGAGCUUAGGAAUUUAGAAGGCAGGUUAGACAGAAGUAUUAAUCGAAUCCGAUCCAAGAAGAAUGAACUCUUAUUCGCUGAAAUUGACUACAUGCAGAAGCGAUCUAUGCAGGAAGUUGAUAUGCAUAGUGAGAACCAGCUUCGUCGUGCUAAGAUAGCUGAAAAUGAGAGGAACAAUCCAAGUAUGAAUCUUAUGCCAGGAGGAUACGAACAGACUAUGCAGCCGCCUCAAACGCAAUCUCAACCGUUUGAUUCACGGAACUAUUUCCAAGUCGCUGCAUUGCAACUUAACAAUCACCAUUACUCAUCCGCAGGUCGCGAAGACCAAACCGCUCUUCAGUUAGUGUAAUAUUGAGUGGAAGCCUUAAGGGACGAGGAGUGAAUAAGAACCAGGGAUUGGGCUAAGGAAUGAGCAAUAUAAAGCUAAUGCAGUGUCAUAUAUAAAUGUGUAAUAUCUAUAUUUAUAUUUCACGAGUGUUGUGUCAGUGA